AUGAAGUCGAAGUUGUUGUUGAUGGCAUUCAAGGCCAUCUUUACCUCUCCCUCCUCUGCCAAUGAAGUAGAUGGCGAAGGUGAUGGUGCUGAUAUCAUUGAGAACAACCAACGUGCUCGGAGACGAUCUGAUCAAGGUAAAGUGAAAACGUGUGUUGCCUCUAUCAUAGGUAUGAGGAGAGUAACUCCUCAUGUGAUCGCGUACGCAGCUUGUCAGAUACGAUUUGCCCUUUCCAACAUCACGUCCUGGCGCGUCGUCGACAGAGACUUUGACUAUCAAAUUUUCUGGAACUUGAUGAUGGAGGUUAUUUCUCAAAUGUCAGUCGAUACUCUCGCCGCUCAGAGACAGCAGAUGGAGGACACCACAUUUGACUCUGACUAG